GGAAAUUCCGUCGUCUGCUUCAUCGUCUACCGGAAGGCGACCAUGAGGUCCGCCAUUAAUCUACUUCUUGCCAACAUGGCCGCCAGCGACAUCCUGCUCAGCGUGUUAUGCAUGCCGUUUUCAUUGGUUACUUUGCUCAGGGGAGAGUGGUUGAUGAGUGAGACCUUGUGUAAAAUUGUCGCUUUCCUUCAUGUGUACCUCGUGUGUACUGGAAUGUGUAUUUUGUUAGCUAUAAGUCUGGAUCGAUACUUCAUUAUAGUGCGCAGAAGAGACAAACUGAACCCAACACGAGCUAAAGUGCUCAUUGUCUUUUCCUGGGUGUGUUCCUUAACUUUUGCCCUCCCUCCGGCCGUGGGAUGGGGCAACUACCAUUACUACCCUGCCCAUCCGCAAUGCAUCAUACAAGUCCACCGAAAUAUCGCCGACAAAGCGUAUGUCGCUUGCGCUAUGACGGUAAUCUUCUUCCUGCCGAUUUUCACCAUGGCUUACUCGUAUCUUUGCAUCUUGAAAACCGUGCGGAAAAACCAGACGCGAAUCCGGAACCACCCGAACAGAAUAAGUGUGACUCAAGCAAGUAAGCUUGGCCUACCAGGAGUUAGCCUUCCGGGAAAACCCAAUGUCGACAUGAGCUUUAAGACGAGAACUUUCAAAACUAUUCUUAUUCUCUAUAUUGUGUUUCUGUGUUGCUGGACUCCAUAUUCAAUCGCUACUUUGGCGCUUAACUUUUCACUAAGGAUUAAUCCGUACACGACCUCUAUAGUUUUGUGGCUAGGUUAUCUUAACAGCGCUCUUAAUCCCCUCAUAUACGCCUGGCGUAUUAAGAAAUUCCGAGAGGCCUGCAUCAGCAUUUUGCCCAAAUCGUCCAAGCUCUUCCCGAGAGGUUGCGGAUUCUGCAUCAAUCGUCGUGUGAACCCCAGCACAAUGUACGAGUACUCCACUCAUUCGCAAGGUAUAAAUGUAGAACAGUCGGCCGUCUGAUCAUUGGAUAUGCAGGCUGUUGAAAUUAUGGGAUGCAGUUCCUCGAAUGAAAAACUUUGCUGCCCAGUUUAAAUAUGCCGCAAAAUGAUUCGACUGACACUUGAACACGAGUUUAUGUGGUAACAUGCAAAUCUUGCUGUAAACUUUGAUUUCGCCUUGCAUCAAUUUCAUGCCAAAAUUAUACAGCCGUUUUUCCUGUUGGUUCAUAUGAUAUAUCAGACCCAUGCACCAGAAGAAAGCUUGGGCAAGCCAACAGACUCAGGCGCCUGUAAGAUGUUCAGCAACACGACAUGAUUCCUUCUACACCAGUGACGUCCAAUAAAUGGCAGUUAACAUCACUGAAUUAUUCUCUACUUAAUUCUGCUUAAGACAUGGUGUCAAGCGGGGUGUGUUUUGCUACUUGUACUUUUUUAAGCACUUACAUGAACAGUUGGAGUAAUUUCCUAAACGAGGUAAUUCGACAAGAGGCUGUAUUUCACCAGUUACGUGUGAAGAUUUGGAAAGUAUCACAAUGUCGUCGCUUCUCUGGCUCUACCCUCUAUGCUGUAUUAUUUUAUAUUUCUCUGAUAUCUGUUCUAUGACUUUGCGCAAACCUGUCCUUUACUAUGACGUGGAAUGUUUAGAAAUAAGCUAGGUAAAUAAGUUACAUCACAGUUCAAACAAAGGAUGCAGACGACCAUAUAUGUCCCAGAUGUCUGUUUCAUGAUCUUGGAUUUACAUAUUCAUUUGAUUGUUAUUUAACGCCUUAGUUAAAAAUGUUUUCAUUUAUACGACGUCGGCAGAGACAAAUCACUUCGGCUUCUCAGAUUAGACAAGUUGAUCUAUUAUGUCACUUGACUUUGUCAAAGGGGCUAUCCCAAACCAACUGUUUACAAAUCCUCGAGUUCAUAUAUGAAUAAUUAAGUGUGAAAAGGGCAAAUAUGUACUUUCUGGCUGUGAAUUCCGCAUGAUUUGGUCUCUCUACAUCAGCUUCUCCGACAUUUUCUUGAUCUGCAUAAUUGCGCCCUUGUCCACAACAUAUGUACAUGUCUAUGUAAUAUUUAUCCAAAUGAUUUGUUAACUUUUA